CUGGCUUCUGAUAUUAUACUCCUUCGCUGUCUUAUUUGCCACUCUUCCCUAUCAUUGCUACCCCCGGCGGUCCGUAAGUUUAUUCUCGAACUUCAAGGUUUUCUAUCACGACAACCUCUCACUAGAAUUAUGAGCUCGUUUCUAAAUGAUCCCCUGAAGGGUCUCCGAGAGAUCUUCUUCUCAACUCUGAGAGUCGUCACCUGCGGUCCAAUAUUGAUAAGAGACCUAGUCAAAGCAGCAGACCCUGUCCUAGGGCCCGCCAGCAAGGGCUCCCGCGCCCUCAUCCCGCUGUCCCUAACAAUCUCCGCCCUCUGCGUACUAGCCGCGGAAAACAAGAUGGACGAGCUGGCGAAGCAAAUAUGUUCCGUGGCGCUCGGCUCAGCUGGCGCCGCGAUCGGUAGCGCGAUCGGUAUACUCGGUGGCCCCGUCGGCAUGGUCGUUGGUGCGGCGCUGGGGGGGAUAGCGGGCGGGCUACUGGGAGACUUUGGGUACGCUAAGUUUAAGCAGUGGCUAUUUACCGAGGGGGAGGAUGGAGUUAGGCCCAUUGAUAGGAUUGCAGACAAGUUGAGGGCCGCGACGGAUACGCUCAGGGUUGUGGCGGAGAUUUCGUCUAUAAUUAUGCAUGGGCAGACAGAGGUGUUUAAGGCGCUUUUGGAGAAGUGGCGGAGGAUGGGGGGGCUGGAGGGCGGUCGGGGGUUCGGGGGUAUUCAAUGAAGCUGUCGGAGGAAGCAAGUUAUAUUAAGAAAUUGGAAGGAAGAGAUGAGGUGGGACGAACCAGAGAUUUGAUGGCACAACACUUAUUUUCUCUUUGACCCGGCUUCUGUGAUAAACCUGG